CGGCCCCGUUCUGCCCGACCGGCAAUUAUGUCAUGAGCUGUCGUCAGAGAAGGUUUAGUAAAUUUUCUGCACGCUUCCAAAGUUGAAAGUGAGAGUGAAGUAGUUUUUUCCGCUUUUCGGCCCGCGGAUAAACCUAGAUAAAGUGAAAUCCCCCCACCCGGAAAGUGUUUUUCGUCCCCAGAUUGUGAAGGGAAAAGUGAACCACCCGUGUGAAAUCAGUUUGAAGUGUUGUGCGAGUAUUUUUUUUUUCUAGAAAUAUUUUUGACUUUCGUAUCAUGGCCUCAUCGUCCAGCUCGACACCGGCAGUUAACCAAGCGAAGCAACAUCCGUCGCGCCAGCGCAGUCCGUUUACCCAGGCAAAACCCGAAUCCAAGCUGAAUGUGGCCGCUGCGCCGUUUGUCUACUCGCGAACUUCCAGUUCAGCGGGGAAUCUUCGCCACGGUGACAGCAUGCCGGAAAUAGGCUACAUUGGGCCGACUCAGCUACCGGUCAAUAGCCGCAUCUGGAGCAGCAUUUCAACCUACCCCUUGGAGCAAGCGCCGGCCGUUCGAAGCACCACACCGAGUCAACUUUUCCAGUAUUACCAGCAGCAACAACAACAGCAAAAUUACCAGCAAUUACAGCAGCAUCAACUGAAGCGCCAGUAUGCGUCAUCACCGCACUUGUCCUACGAACCGGUGCGCCAAUUCGGACCAGUGGUGCUUCCCAACGGUGUCAUUCAGUUGCGAAUGCGCGACGCCGUGGUCAUCGAGAUGACAAUUGACCGUUCGAUCAAGCUGGUGAACAAUCAGGAGCGCAUCACGAUGGCCCUGUCCAGCACGGGAACUUCGGCGGCGCUGAACCAUCCGAACGGGAUCGUUUUCCAGAACGGUUCCCGUGUGGACAUCGUGGCGUACGACGGAAGACGGAAGAAUUCGUAUGUUCGCUACGCAAAAAUGUGGCAGAAGGGAAUCAGUCUCACCAGCGAGGGAUGUGCUCUGAUUUACCUUGUUGAUGCAGCCGGCACCCGUACCACUUCCGACAUGAUCAACAUUGAUUUGAACACUGAUUACAUCAGCCCGGUGUUCUACAACGGCACCCGCAUCGGAACCCAAUUCUAUCCGGAAGCCAAUCAGAUUGCUCAGAGUGCAAACUUUUGGCUCAACGAUGACGGGACGGAGAUCUUCCACCUGAACGGGUAUCGCAUCCAGCAGACGAUGGACGGAUUAGUGAAGGUGGCGCGCAUGAACAACCGCUGCAACCUCCGUACAAGCCCGACUAAUGGCUCCGCCACUAUUACCACACCUUACAUCCACUGCACGGCUUCGAUGGGACAAACGUCGCAUCUUUUCGUACGCCGUGAAGAACGUCGCAUGCACUUCGAUGGCACUUCGUUUGUCGUUCGCAACGCGGGACAUUCAGCCGGAUUUGAUGAAGGGAACCGACUGCGGGUAUACUGAAAGGCAGCAGGAGCCGGUUAUACGACUUAACGUUUUCCUUGGGAAAAUGAACUUUGCCUCCCAUUCCCCCCGGUUCAUUUUCAAAUUAAUGAAGAAAAGCACCCGUCAGAAGGAGAUGUCUCCUGUGAGCGCGAGCAGAAUAGGGCGCCCAUUGGAAGCCCUUACACACGAGCCCUUCUUGCAUGUUUAUCUCUCUAGAUCGGUAUAUAUUUAGUCCUUAUUGUACUCAAGAAGUCUUUGCAUCGUAACUACACCAUUUAUCUUGCUUCCCGUCGUUUCUCUUCGGCGGUUUGGACCCCAGACACUGGCAGGAUGUGAACUCCUCUGUACGUGUGUUCUGCACUCUGCAUGCGGGUACCGAACGGAAGAGAUGCAAAUUGUAUUAAAUUAAACCUAAAUUUACAUACGUCGUAAAUAGAGAAUAACACAGGAUGCUACCAGACACAAAGUACAA